AGUAACCAGCCAGUCCCUCGGCAGGAUCGGCCCGACGAUCUCGCAGGGAUUCUCCCAGUAGGAGAGCUUGUACGUGGUGUUGUCCUCCAUCGCUCUAACAAACUUACGCGUAUGGGCGCGAACGAUUUGGGCACUUCGGGCUGGACGUAUUUCUACGAACAAAUUCGAAUGUAAUGUAAAUGAACGUGAACGAACGAUCGUGGCACACUUACGUAGCACAGGCGUUGAGUGCAACAGCAGCAACAGUUGCAGGUGUCAUCGUGGUCUAACUGCAAUCGAAAGCUGCUCGAAUCGCAAUGAAAAUGGAUUUCGGCACGCUGUUGAACGUCGCCCAGAAAAAUGAGAACGCCAAGCAGCCCAUCGCUUGCUAUCAAACGAAGUUUGCACCUCCAAAGAAGACCGCGAAGCAAAAUAAGACAUUGUCGGUGAACAUAAAACGAUUUCUGGCCAAGAAAGAGGAAGAGGAGCGACAGAAGGUUUUGGAAGAGAAGAAAAAGCGAGAGAAUCUGCUGGCAUUGAGAGAUCACAAGGCACAGAGCAGAAUCAACAAGCAUUUGAAAGUGUGCAAGGCUGCGAACAAGUCUGUCUUGGCUGAUGCAGUGGACAAUGAGAACACAGCCGUCACGAUGGCAGGUCCUUCCCAACCAGACGAGGAUGAUUACGGUUACGUUUCGCAGGAAGCCUCUGCCUUUUACAACCAGCUGAUGAGCAAGUACAACAGCAUGCCCUUGCAGAAGGAUAUCUUUGCGGAAUCUAAGAACAGAACCGUGAAGGAUAUUGCGUCGACGAAGGACAGGGUGAAGCAAGCGUUGAAGCAGCAGCAGAUGGAAGAUAUGUUGGGCCACAGACGGAAGAGGAAGGGCAAGGAGUUCGAGACCCAGGAUAACCCUGAGCCGAAAGAAGAACCGGUGAAGGAGAAACCGAAGGAAGAGCUGAAGGAGAAGAAGAAGAAACCGUCGAUGCCGCCUCCCAUCAAUUUCGCGGAUUUGUUGAAGAUCGCCGAGAAGAAGCAGCACGAGCCGAUCGUGAUCGAGGUAAAACCGAAGGUCGAGGAGCCUGAGAGAUUGUUAACUAAGAAGCAGAUGAAGGAGUACGCGAAGGAGAAGGAGUGGAGGGAGCGAAGGAAGGCAGAGGCCAACGGUCUGGUUAACAAAACUACUACUGUUACUGCUGUUACUACUUCCAAUACUACUACUACUACUAUUAAUAAUAACAAAAUCACUAUUAACAAUAAUAACGAUAAUAGUAAAUCGCAGAGUGGUCCAAAGAAAGAGAAGACGAACGGUUGUUCAAGUAUCAAAACGAGUACCAAAUCACCGCAGUGUUCAGCAGAUAUUAAGCCGAAGAAACCAACCGUGCCAACUUCGUCUGCAACAGUGCAAAAUACAUCGAGAGCCGUUUCAACUAAAAUCAAUAAUAGUUUCAAAGUAAAUGGUCCGACGGAGAGAGAUUCGAUAGCCGAGGAGAAAAAGAAGCUGGAGAUGGAAAGGAAGAAGCUGGAGGAGAUGAGGCAGGCUCUGGAGCAAGAGAAGAAGAAGCUCUGCUUGAGCAAGGCUCAAAUCGAUGAGCAGAGUUUAAGCAUCAAAAAAGAGAAAAUGAUUAAGUCGACGGUCCCGAGGACCGAGGGGAAGAACGGUGUUCCGAAGAAUCGUCUGCAAGGCGACAGGAAGGUGAGACAGUUGCCGCCUACCUUGAAGCCGAGGCCAUCAGUCGAUCACGGAGAAAGAGGGAGGAAGUUGAUGGUGGGGCAGAAACGACGCUUAAAUGCCCGCGAGGAGGACGAAUACGAUUCGGAACUGGACGAUUUCAUAGACGACGAGGUAGAGGAGGGCAACGAGGACUACAGUAAGUGCAUCAGCGAGAUCUUCGGGUACGACAAGAACAAGUACAGAUACGUCGACGACGAGGACGACGAUAGAGCCAUGGAGAGCAGCUUCGCUCAGCAGUUGAAGGAGGAAUACGUCUCGACGAAGAUCGGUAUAAUGGAAGAUCUGGAGGAUAUGAGGAUGGAAGCGUUAGAGAAGAAAAGGAAGGCGAUGCUCAAGAAGAAGAAGUUGAAGUAGCCCUCCUCAAUGCGAUAUCCUGCUGCCUUACCUUGUUAUCACCGAACUGCACAAACUGUACAUAGGCUGUCUUUAACUUUAUAUAUCAACAAAUCUCAUCCGAAUUCGGUAGGAAGUUUAUGUCGAUUCUUCGAAACUCGCGCACAGUUAAUCUAGAGAAAAAGGAAAUGAGCGUAUGCGCCAUCAUUACUUGCUUCAUAUUUUAUACGCAAGAUUAUACAUGUAUUUAUAAUAUUCACAACGUUAAGUUUAAUAUAUAUAAAAAGCU